UUUCCCGAGUUAGCAUCACAGACGCCAUGAGUGGAUCACGUCAUGAUACUCCUUGACGCAGACUGUGAGCAAUGUCUACGACAUAAAGAAAUAUAACUAAGUUAUUAUAAUAAACAAUGGAUUUUUAUUUUAAAAUAUCCUAUUGUUUAUUAUUUAUAUCAUAUUUUUACCUACUUGUGAUUUUAGGCCAAUAAAUGAUUUUUCUUUCUUUCUUCUAAUUUGAUAACCUCUGUGUACUGAAUUAACACGCAUCGUAACUUACAUCUGAUUCAAUUGUAGAUUUAAAAAUUCAAUACAUUUGUACACUCUACAUUCUGUUUAUCUUUGCAUCUGGUGGGCCACGGUUCGCGCCGCCAUUCUGGAUAUUUUGACGGGAAGGUCGGUCACGUGACACGACGUCGGGCAUGGGCGAGGGGCGCGGGGCGCUGGCUAGACUCUCCAGUAGCCGAGCCAUCCGUCUGCUGCUUUGACUGCGGCCAGUCGCCGGAAUCCACGCCCCAGUCUCACUCGCUCGCGUUUAUUACGUACUACUUCGAUUCCCAUGUGCGGCAAUUUUUCUUAUUGGAAUACACACAUAGUCGACAAGUCUGAUUCAAACAGUGGUAGUUUAGUGAAUAUCAAAUGAAAAACUACGAUGGUUCAGUGACAAAAAUAGGAUAAUUCGUGCAUUUUUGCACGGGUUCGUGUGCGGCGACGGGGCGGAGACGCCGCGAAAAGGAGGCGCGCGCUCGGCCGGGCCGUCGCGACGGCUCGGCACAGCACACUCGGCUCUCGGCACUCGGCAGACAUGUUUCGAUCGCGAUUGGAGCGAGUCGCGUGUGCCGGCGCGUAAGCUCGCCCGUGACAUGCGCCGCGCGAACUCCCGACACGGUGGGGGUGCGCGACCAUGGAUGUAGUGACUUCCCAUAUAAACUCCGUGCUGAAAACUUACCAGGCGAGCGCGCCGCGCAGCCUGCAGGGCCCCGGCAGCGGCCGCGCCGCAUCGCGCGCCGACCCGCCGCCGCCGCCACCGCCGCCGCCCGCCGCGCCGCUGAUCCUCCUCGCCGCCGACCCCGUGCUCGGCGAGCGCGGCGAGACCCUGCUCGAGGGCGAGCCCAUCUCCUGCUUCAGCGUCGGCGGCGAGCGGCGGCUGUGCCUCCCCCAGAUCCUCACCUCCGUCCUGACGGACUUCAGCUUGGAGCAGAUCAACCGCGUGUGCGACGAGCUGCAGAUAUAUUGUUCGCGGUGCACGCCGGAGCAGCUGCACGAGCUCAAGUCGACAGGGGUGCUGCCUCGCUCGGCGCCGUCGUGCGGGCUGAUCACGCAUACGGACGCGGAGCGGCUGUGCGCGGCGCUGCUGCACGCACCGGCGGCGUCGAGCCCGCACAAGCUGCCCGGCUUCCGGGUGUACCACGAGUGUUUCGGCGGCGCGCGGGGGGUGUGCGCGCCCGAUUUGAACCUAGUGCAGUGCUUGGUGUGCCGGUCGUUGUAUACGCCGCGCAAGUUCGUGUGCCACUCGCACGAGGCGGAGCACCGCACGUGCCACUGGGGCUUCGACUCGUCGCGAUGGCGCCGGUUCCUCCUGGUGGCCGACGAGGAGCAGGAGAAGGAGAAAUGCACGGCGCUGCUGGAUGAGCUCGAUGCGCGGGAGUCGCCCCCCCUACCGCCUGCGCCCCCCAAACCUCUCAAACGGAAACAGGUGGUGGAAACAGUGGUGUGCAAGACCGAGCCACCAGAGUCCCCGCCGAAGAAAGCGCGCAGCGGUGACUACGGCUACGCAGUGUAUUUGGACAACAACCACGCGCUGCCUCACUACGCGCACCUCCAGUAUAGCACCUUGUCCGCCUUUCGGCCUUGGGGUAAGCGGGAACCAAUACUGCAAAACCCUGAGCGCGUGGUUCGAGUAGCGCACUGUACCAGCUUCGAACGCGACUACCAGCCCAACGUGACUCUGAAGCCGCUAACACCGCCGGUCGAUGACGUCACUUCGUCCACGUCUCCUCCCCCGUCGGAGCCCGAGCUCGCUGCGAGGUUGCUGGAUGCAGAAGCAAGACUCGCAGAACGCGCUCGUUUGUUAGAUGAGCGGGAGGCGGACUUAGCGCGUCGUGAAGCGCGCCUCAACGAGAGGGAAGCGGAGAUAGCCCGACGCGAGCAAGCGGCCGUCGAAAAGCCAGAGUUGGAUCCCUCUCCCCCUAAGCAAGAGGAUGGAGAACCGCCAUGUUGACCUACGCGCGUGAUCACCUGGUCGCGACGCUAGAACUCGCUUUGAACGCUCAGUGACAAUGCGUCUUCAGAGUACAAAAAGUUUUUAGGUGCCGAGCGAAAGUCGUUCGUUCGUCAAAGAAGCACCGUGUAAAUAUAAAUUGUUUUAAAAGAAAAAACCUUUCCUCGAUGUUUGGGACGCCCUGCCUGUCCGUCUAGUCGGAUCAGUACUGUCUUGAAUUCUAUUUAUACUCUCGAACUAGUGUAUGAUGAGAAUAAUUCGUUAUGGUGAUGUGCCUAGUGGACGGUUACAUUUAAUAACAUCUGUACGGUUUCUGUAUCACAAUAUGACAACAGUCCGAUAUCGAAUCUGUCACAACACAUAAACAGUAGACGAAUGCAGACGCAAUAGAUGUACAUAAUCAUAUCAAGUACAGUUUUAUGAAAUUAUUGUUUUUUACAUUGUAUACAGUUUUCUCGUAGUCUCUUAACGUGUGCCAUUCUGAAGGUACCUCCUGUUACCUUUUCAUAACCUCAGUCUGUGUUUUUUUUCAAUAAUAACAAAAUACUCACAAUAAUAAUACAUAAUGAAAUAGUUUUACUUUUUUUACGGUACCUAAUAAGCAUAAUUUAUACAGGGUUAAUUUUAAGUUUUAUUUCGAGAGUUGUACAUACAGGUAGGCCUCGGUGAUUUAGUUUAUUAAUGCCUCUGCUUAAACUUAUUGAAAAUAGUCAAAAUAUUCGAAUCUGUUACUCCGUGAACGCAACAGCCACACACUUUUUAUAAGUAUUAAGAUUUUUAUAGACUUAAUGGACUCUGUAUAAAACCUCAACCAUACCAAAAAAAAACUAAUAUCUACUUGAUUAAAUAUUAAAUAGUUCACACACUUGAAAAAGUGUAUUUGAUACUUACGUAAUUUUAGACUGUAGAGGUUGUCAAACGAUUUUUAACGACACUACCAAUUACUUACACAUAAAAUUAUCAGUUUCUUUCUUACUUACAGGUCACAUUCAUAGACAUUAUUUUUAUUAAUUUCAAAUAAUCCUGUUGUCUGUGUCGCUGUCGAAAAUGAAAUAGAAUUAAGUCAGAUUUCCUAAUUUCCGUUCUGGUUAAAUUUACUGUCAAAAACUAAAGUUUUGUAAAUUUACGGUGAGACAGCAAUCGUAGGAAUUAAAUGUAUUAUCUAUUACAUUAAAAUUGUCAUGGCUAACAAAUUUUAAAGAUAAGAGAUGUUAAAAUCCCACGUUCUACCUCAUUGUAAAUAAAAUAUAAUAUUUGGCUAAAUUAAGGGAACUCUUGUGAGCUGAGUGAGACACUAAUUUACGAAUAUUGUUUUGAAACAAUAAUUUGCGAUUGUGUAAAAUAAAAAUUUACGACAUUCACUGCCUAAAGUCGUUACAAACAUGUAAUUUGUAGAUUGUUUUAAAUCCACCGUCUGUGUGAAAACUAGGUGAAUAAAAUUAACUGGAUAUUAAUAAAAAAAAGCAAACCGCGUAGACAAAAACUGUGAGCUAAGUGUCAUUUAACACAUUUGGCCAUACAAAAAUGUAUUUUUAACGUCAGUCAGUCAACACACAGUUGAAGCCUGAUUUGCUAUUUGUUGAUUGCAAACAAUUCUAUAUAAGAAUAUUUCGUAUAAUAUAACGUACACUGCCAUCAUAAUGUUUGUUAAUGAUAAUUAUGUCGUCGCUACAGUACGAACAACACGUAAGUCAAAAUUGUCUAAUUUUUAGUAGAGCUAGAGCGUAUUAGACGCGUACUUACUUUUUAUUCGAUAUAUUAUUGUUUUCUUUUUUAUUCAAAUCACAUGGUGUUAGAACUUAAGCGACGAUUUCAGUAAGAUUUGUCAAAAUAGUGUUACAGUUAAGUGAAUAUUUAAAUCACAAUAGACUUUACGUUUUGUCGGAUUUGAAUAAUUUUCAAGAAAUUGUUGUAAUGUCAAUCUAUUCAAAAUUUUAAUGUUUUUUUUUAUUAAGUACAUGCAGUAUAUUAAAAAGUCUUUUAAAACUAAUAUAAUUACACUUUUAUAUUUUCAGUAACUACUAAUUAUACGUUUGAUGUCAUUUUAUUGUGAAUUGUGGACAUUUCCAAUCUCUAAAAACAUAACUAACUAGUUAUAUUAAAUCUACACUACAAGCGACAUAGGUAAAUGUAUAUUUCAGCACAGUCAAUAGCACAACGAGUUGCUGAGUUACCAAAUUUGGUUGACAUGAAGUUGAAGUUAAUUCUGAGGCGGGAUAACGCUUUACAUUACGGAUAUCGGUUUCUUGUUUCAAUAAACAGAAUUAUUAUGAUUAAGAUUGUGUGAAGACGUGUUGUUGACUGCACAAUUCAAAAAUUUACAAAAAAAUGUAAUAACUUACGUCCCACGAAGAUCGAUAGGAGGGAUCCAUCUGUAUUUACUUUCGUUUUAUAAUUUUCGUAUUCAAUGAAUUUUUUUACGAGUUUAAGCAAUUUAUAAUUUACGCAUUAUAUUAAAUCAUCAUAUUUAAGCUGUCAAGAGACAAUCGUGGUUAGCCUUUGCCAGUAACUGUGCAUUUUUGUUUAUUGCGUAGGUGAUUGUUUGACUGACAUAUUUUCUUUGUAAAAUGAGCCUCUCUCAUAACGGGCGUGUUCUUUCGAUGUGAUUUCAUGUGAUUCUCGUACCAAUCUAUGGCAUAAAAGUCAGUCAUAGUAACGUAAGCACUUUUUAUUAAAAAAUUAAGUGCUCUCUAAUAUAUUUAAAAAAUAUGUUUUUUUAUAUCCACAGGCCUUCUAAGGCUCAUGGGCUUCACUUCAAAAAGCAAUGGUAUUACUUUUAUAUUUUUCUUGUCUAUAAUCAUACAUCUUUUUAUUAUAUAUUAUCUUGCAUUAGCAUUUAAAAUCAGCUUCAUUCACAAAUUGCGGAUGCGUAUUCAAAUGCCUUUUGUAACUUGUUACUAUAACUAAUUUUAAUUUACUUAGCAGCGAAUUUGUAAUAUUUAUUAUCAUUAGAAAUUUAUUCAUGUUGAUCAUACACUGAAACAAUGUAACACCCCGGCCUUAGAAGCGUACUUUUAUUAAUGUAGAUAGCAGCAAAGGAGUUUUCAAAGAAACUUUAUGUAAGGGGUUUAUUGUUUGGAAUUACGAACCCGGCUGUAGGAGAUACUGGGGCUUUAAGCGCAAUAAAAUUGUGAAAAAUAUUUCGUGAAAUGUGAUUUCACUAAUUGCUGUGUGUUGUUAUUCGAUCUUUUGGCAAAGCUCAAAUUGAUAGAGAAAAUUAUUGUUUUCACAUUUGUUUUCUUUUGUUUAAUCAUUUCCCUUUUCAAAGAGUGCUAUGUUACAUUGGUAGUUAGGAUGUUGUACGUUUAAGUUUUAGGUUAGGCUAUAAUCUCUAGUCAGAGACUUUUUUAAAAAUAAAAUUACCAUUUACUUAUAAUAUAUUAUUAUUCAUAUAGGUAUCCUGAAAAAUGCGGAAAUUGUAAAAUCUGCCGCGUUUAGUGGGGUUUUAUUACGUAGUCUAGAACUAGACAUGAACUGUAUGUCUUUAUUAUACAUAUUAAGUUAUAUAAUUAUUUAUAAAGAUAAUGUGAAACUUUUCUAUCAUUACUGUUUGUUAAUUACGUAUUUUGGUGCUAUGAUGUUUUCGGCUUGGCUAACUUAGGAUUUAAUAAUUGUAUAUAUAUUACAUUUUUAUUACUAAUUUAUUGGCAACUAUUUAUAGUUUCUCUAUUAUAAAAUGAAAAAAAAUGAGUUUGUGUUUGUUUAAAGUUUAUGUAUUUCUAUAUGCAAACAGUAAACCGAUGGCUUGGCCAUUGAAACUAAAAUUACGCUUUAACAUACUAGCAUAGGCUACAAAUAUAUAUGUCAUAUUUUGUAUAUAUUGGAGUAUUGGUGGAAAAGUUUCAAAGGGCAUGUCCUCUCACUGCCGGCGUUAAAUAUAUAUAUAUACAUAAAUGGUGCUAAAUAAAUACCUGACAAUUUGCUUUUGUUUUCAAAAAUUUAAACGGCAUACUCGUUAGGUUGUAUUCUUUUUAAUUAUAAUAUAUAUUACUAUGAUUUAAUCAUAUUUUGAACUAACGUAGCCGAAGGCAGUGAGAGAAUAAUGUAAGUAGGUACAUAAUUGUAAUGUUUUCAAGUAACGGUAGAGUAGGGCCAAGUGUGUUACCACAGCAUUCUUCUUCACGCGGGACUCUUAGGUGAUUUAUUAGUGCAAAGCAAGCAAGAAUACCUUAUCAAACAAACCUUAGCUCAAAUGUCAGUAAUUUUGCUGAACUCAACAGCUUUUCAAAUGUAGAGCACGUUAUGAGAUUCUGUACAUACAAAAGAAAUUUGUUUUAGUUAUGCGAGUUGAUUUGUGUCUGUAAUUAUAUGACUGGCGUGAAGAAGCAUAGUCUGGGUAAUUAACCAAGGUUCUGCUGUAUGGCAAGUUUGAGGCAGGAACAUGAUAAGCGUUUGGUGUUUCAUUGCACGCAACUGUGUUGUUUCGAAAUUUAACCAAUUUAAAAACAUGCAUACCUACGUACAUUGUUUCGAGUACGAGCUUGAAUUUCAAAAUUUUUUUAACUUUUACGUUUAUACGUGACGCGCCUUUCGUCUCUUGUAGACGCUUAAAUGAGCGUAAAGAACAGAAAAAGUUUGUUUUAAUGGUCUCAUCACCACUUAUUUGCGCCUUAUAAGAGUGAAAAACUCCUCUAACUUAGAACGAAUAUGUUUAAAAAUCGGAAUAAUAAAUUAUAAGACACAGUUGGUUGCGUGAUAGUGAUUUAGAUUUACCAGGGUAUUAACAAGUACUCCUGUGAUCUCACUGUGUGUUUGUUAAUAAAUAAAAAGCUCUUUUGAAAGCAUAUUGUUGUAAACGUCGCAAAAAUAUGCACCUUUCACAUAAAUGUCAGCGUUUGCCAACAGAGGACGGCACGACACUUCCUCGCUUCAUAAUUUUUGUCUCAUUAGAUUUAUACGACCGCUUCAAAUCUAAAACAAAUUGCAAAUGAGCCAGGUAUUCGAUCAAUGUAUUUUUUUAACGAAAAUUAUAAAAAGUCAAAAGCUGUGAUAAAAUCAAACUUUUAAGCGGUAAAGUACCGAAAUGUAUUUUUGUUGACUUACUUAACUUUGUGACGUGCCGUCCUGAAAGUUGGUGUGCACGCAUGAUUUAAAUGAUUUUUUAUUUAGUCAUUACUGCUAUCCAUUGAAAAGUUGGGCCAUGUGAAUAGGAAAUUAAUGUUAAUACCAUUUUUUUCUUACAUAUUAAUUAGAUACUUUCUUC